AUGGGUUCAACCGAAGAGAAAACAUCUUUUUCAUCCCAGUCAUCGUCAUCACAGUCAAGCCAGUCAUCAGCCCAUGUCAUAUACAAUACAAUUCAACCCCCUCAAGCGCAAGUUGUAAUCUUUCCCGAGAUUAUUAUGUGCGAUGAGCCCGAUGAAUUUGAAUAUCAUCCUAUUGAUGCAUCUGCCCUGCUCAUGACAAAGAAGAUAGAUCGAAAUCGCAAACGCAGACUUAUUAAAGAACGAGCUG